GCAAGUCCACUGUGUCAACAAAUCUAAAUAUAGUUUUUGACUUUAGUUUUCCUUUAAAUUGACCACCUCUCUACCAGGUGUUCUCCUAUAUGAGUCCUCUCUACCAGGUGUUCUCCUAUAUGAGUCCUCUCUACCAGGUGUUCUCCUAUAUGAGUCCUCUCCACCAGGUGUUCUCCUAUAUGAGUCCUCUCUACCAGGUGUUCUCCUAUAUGAGUCCUCUCCACCAGGUGUUCUCCUAUAUGAGUCCUCUCCACCAGGUGUUCUCCUAUAUGAGUCCUCUCCACCAGGUGUUCUCCUAUAUGAGUCCUCUCCACCAGGUGUUCUCCUAUAUGAGUCCUCUCCACCAGGUGUUCUCCUAUAUGAGUCCUCUCCACCAGGUGUUCUCCUAUAUGAGUCCUCUCCACCAGGUGUUCUCCUAUAUGAGUCCUCUCCACCAGGUGUUCUCCUAUAUGAGUCCUCUCCACCAGGUGUCCUCCUAUAUGAGUCCUCUCCACCAGGUGUUCUCCUAUAUGAGUCCUCUCCACCAGGUGUUCUCCUAUAUGAGUCCUCUCUACCAGGUGUUCUCCUAUAUAAGUCCUCUCCACCAGGUGUCCUCCUAUAUAAGUCCUCAGUAAUAAUAACAUGGUCCUCCUCUCCACCAGGUGUUCUCCUAUAUAAGUCCUCUCCACCAGGUGUUCUCCUAUAUAAGUCCUCAGUAAUAAUAACAUGGUCCUCCUCUCCACCAGGUGUCCUCCUA